UAUUGAGAAGAGGCACGACAAAACUAGAAGCAGUCAGUACAAUAGUCAAGUUUCACGUCAUCAUUAACGGAGGCGGUCCAGGCGGAUUGUUUUACCCCGCUUAUCGUGAACCACCAACGAGACUGAGUCAUCAAGUUGUAUUCACUCACUCUUCGUCACUUAUUAAUUUCAUUUAAAAGCAAGCAGUCCGCAUCGAAACUUGUGUGUCAGUGUUUUGUGCUAAAUCUUCAAAAUGAAUCCGUACCAGCAAGGUCAGUCGGGAUACCCACAACAGCAGUAUAUGCACAAUAUUGGAUUCGGCAACAGGGCCCCACAGUCCUUUGGCAAUCCGAUGCCGAUGCCGGGACUUUCAACUAUGGGCUACCCGCCGGCACAGCCCGGUUAUACCGGCGCUUACCCUCAGGCGAGUCCUGGUUAUCCUCAACCGAAUUCAGGGUACCCACAGCCUUCUGGUUAUCCGCAACCUAGCCCAGGGUACCCAAAUCAACCUGGGCCAGGGUACCCCAGUCAAGCUUACCCCCAUCAGGCUCAUUCUAACCCUGCUCAAAGUUACCCAACUCAAUCAUACCCAUCUGCUCAACCGGGGUAUCCACAAGCCAGUGCGGGCUAUCCACAAGCUAACCAAAGCUAUGGGCAGCAAAACCAGUAUCAAGGCUACCCGCAAAGCCAGCAGUGUGUUCAAAGUCAAGCUUACAGUGCCACUGCUUCUGUGCCUAGUACACCAAAGUCCAAACCCACCGUGGUCCCGGUGAACCCGUUCGACCCCCGCGAAGAUGCGGCGGUCCUCCGCAAGGCUAUGAAGGGCUUUGGGACUGAUGAAAAGGCCAUCAUUCAAGUCCUGACGAGACGCAGCAAUGAGCAACGUCUGAGGAUCGCGUUCGAGUUCAAAACUCUUUAUGGAAAGGACUUAGUAUCAGACCUGAAGAGCGAAACCAGUGGGAAAUUCGAAGACCUGCUCGUGGCUCUGAUGACACCACUUCCUCAGUUCUACGCUAAGGAACUCCACGAUGCCACAGCUGGGAUUGGAACCGACGAAGAUGUGCUCAUUGAGGUCAUGUGCACCAUGUCCAACCAUGAGAUCCAGGUCAUCAAGCAGGCGUAUACAGCUAUGUAUGGUACGUUCUUGGAGGACGACUUACGAGGCGACACUUCGGGCAACUUCAAGAGGCUGAUGACGUCACUAGUCGUGGGUAACAGAGCCGAAGAUUUCCACGUGGACCAAGAGAAGGCCAGGGAAGACGCCAGAAGCUUGCUUCAAGCUGGUGAACUCCGUCUAGGCACAGACGAGUCGGUGUUCAACGCGAUCCUGUGCUCUCGCUCCUUCCCUCAACUGGCGGCCAUCUUCCAAGAGUACCACUACCUCACCGGCCACGAUAUCGAUGACGCCAUCAAGUCCGAGUUCUCCGGAGACAUCGAGAAGGCUUUGAGAGCUAUCGUGAAAGUGGUUCGCAACAAGCCUUUAUUCUUCGCGGAACGCCUGCACAAAUCCAUGAAGGGUCUUGGUACAAACGACCGUCAGUUGAUCCGCAUUAUGGUGACGCGCUGCGAACUGGAUCUUGGAGACAUCUCGGAUAUGUUCCAGAACAAGUACGGAGAGACGCUGCAGAGCUGGAUAGAGGGUGACUGCUCCGGCCACUACAAGAAGUGUUUACUGGGUCUACUCGGAUUAUACUAAUCCGGAUCAA